AUGUUUAAACGGUGGCUUUUAGCCUUGAUGACUCGGGUCGGCCUCAUUGUGCUGGGCCUUUGCUGCUGUUUGUUCCUGUUCUACCUCCUUGCCUGUAAACCGACGUCUCACAGCAGCCAGCAGUCUGUGCUGUGGACCGGAGGGGCCACCAGUAAGGAGGGAUACAUGGCCUUGUUGCAGGAGAGGGAGGACUCUCACAAACAUUACAUCAACAGCCUGACCAAGCAGAUAGCGCAGCUGAAGGAGGCUCUCCAGGAGAGGACGCAGCAGCUUCAGGAGUCCCUGGAAAAAGCUAAAACAAGAGGGAUUCUGCCACAGGGUUUGGAUAGUCUGCACAAAACCCCGACACAGACUGACCUGAAGGAGUUCUUACGCUCCCAGCUGAGCCAGGCGGAGGUGAACUCAGGUGUAAAGCUGCCCAGCGAGUAUGCAGUGAUUCCUUUUGACACUUUCACCCUGCGGAGGGUGUACCAGCUGGAGACGGGGCUAACGAGGCACCCAGAGGAGAGGCCUGUGAGGAGAGACCGCAGAGACGAGCUGAUAAGCACAGUGGAGACAGCUCUGCACGUCCUGAAUGGACCUCAGCAACACACUGAAAACAUCAGGCGGAAACGCACAUACUCCCCUGCAGACUUUUUAGAGGGACUGACUCGCACAGAGCGGGACAGAGGAACUGUCUAUGAGCUGAUGUUUAAAGGCAACAGCCCACAGGACUUCACGCAGCUCACACUCUUCAGGCCGUUUGGUCCUGUGUUGAAGGUGAAGAGCGAGAGCGUGAACACGCGCAGCACACUCAUCAACAUCAUCGUCCCUCUCUCCAAAAGGGCAGACACAUUCAGGCAGUUCAUCAACAACUUCAGAGAAGUGUGCAUCCAGCAGGACGGCCAGGUUCAUCUCACUGUGGUCUACUUUGGUCGAGAUCAGAUUGACCAGGUCAAAGCCAUGCUGGACCAGACCACCAGAGAGACUCGGUUCAGGAGCUUCACUUUGAUCCAGCUGAAUGAGGAGUUUUCUCGUGGUCGGGGCCUGGACGUGGGCGCCAGGGCCUGGAGGCGCAGCCAGAAUGUCCUGCUCUUCUUCUGUGAUGUCGACAUCCACUUCACCGCUGACUUCUUGACUUCCUGCCGUCUCAAUGCAGAGCCUGGUAAGAGAGUGUAUUAUCCAGUGCUCUUCAGCCAGUACAACCCAUCUAUAAUCUACAGCAAUCAGACACUUCUGCCUGCUAUUCAAGAACAACUGGUGAUAAAAAAGGAAACUGGAUUCUGGAGAGACUUUGGGUUUGGCAUGACAUGCCAGUACAGGUCUGACUUCCUCAACAUAGGUGGUUUUGACCGCAACAUCAAAGGUUGGGGGUUAGAGGACGUGCACCUGUACAGGAAGUACCUUCACAGUAAGCUGAUGGUCAUUCGCUCUCCGUCUCGCGGCCUCUUCCACCUGUGGCACGAGAAGAACUGUGCAGACGAGCUCCCUCCAGACAAAUACAAGAUGUGUAUGCAGACCAAAGCCAUGAGCGAAGCCUCACACGGCCAGCUGGGGGAGCUGUUCUUUAAAAGAGAGAUUGAGGUUCAUCUGAGCUCUCAGAGGAAGACAACCAGAGCAACAUGAUGAGGACAAUAAAAGGACUUUGGCGGUGUUAUUAAUCACUGCUCUGUGUGUUCUUGUUCUCAUGAUAAUUUAUGUUUACACACAUUAUUCACCUUCCAACAAAAGAUGAUUAACUGUGAUUACUGUUCUCAUUAUGGACACAUACACUUGUGCAAAUACUGAAUGAUAUAUUUUGUGUGAAUAAAAGUAUGAUCUACUUGUAA